AAAUAUAAAUAGUCGUGCCGAGCAUAUUUAAUGUGACCCAGUGCGAUAAAAUGAUUUUCAGAUAGAAUUGCUCAGUAGAAGAAUACCCCUUCUGUUUAUCGAGAUAGGCGAAGUCGAUAAUUUUGCAAAUGCAUAUUUUUCAAGGCCCUCUGGUUCGCCGAUUUUGCCAAAUAAUUUUACCAAAAGCACUGCCUCGAAAUCAUCUUCAUCGAAGUUUGCCUUUAAACUGCACCCGUAUUAGAGCCAUGUCAAGCACCGCCGAUGACCAUCCACUUUCGGCUUUGCCAAAGAGCCUGAUUGCGUAUUAUCCAGUUGCGCGAAAGGAUGAGACUGUGUCGGAAGACUUCCACGGGACCGAAAUCAAAGACGUCUAUCGCUGGCUCGAGGAUCCUGACUCGGCGGAAACGGAGGCAUUUGUCAACGCCCAGAACAACAUAAGCCAGCCGUUCCUGGAAAAUGGUGAACAGUGGAAGAAAAUUAACGCAAAACUCACCAAGCUGUGGAACUAUCCGAAAUAUGGCUCGCCGAUGCGAUUUGGCGAAUUUUAUUAUUAUUAAAACACCGGCCUCCAAAAUCAGAGUGUCUUAUAUCAGCAAAAAACGCUGGACGGCGAGAGCCAAGUGUUUCUGGAUCCGAAUACCCUGUCCGAUGAUGGUACCGUGGCCUUGAGCCAAAAGGAGUUCUCCGACGACGGCAAAUACAUGGCCUAUGGACUCAGUGAGAGUGGCUCUGAUUGGAUAAAGAUUUUUAUCCGAGAUGCGGAGACGGGCAAAGACUUGGGCGAGGUCCUGGAGAAGGUUAAGUUCUCCGAGAUAUCGUGGACCAAAGACAAUAAGGGAUUUUUCUAUGGCAGAUAUCCUGAUCAAGAUGGUAAAACUGAUGGAUCCGAGACUAAACAAAACGAAAAUCAAAAGUUGUACUAUCAUCGCGUUGGCGAGAGUCAAGACAAGGAUACACUUGUGGUGGAGUUCCCCGAAGAGCCCUCAUGGCGCAUACAAUCCACUGUGUCUGAUUGUGGAAAGUAUUUGAUUUUGGCCAUUGUCAAAGAUUGCAGAGACAACAUUGUUUUUUAUGCUAACCUUAAGCCGGGUGAGGAAAUCAACUCCAAACUGAGUGUUACAAAAGUGGUUGAAAAAUUCGAGGCGGACUAUGAUUAUAUCACCAACGAAGGCUCCAAGGUCUACUUCCGUACCAAUAAAAAUGCACCAAAUUAUCGAGUUAUUGUUAUAGAUUUUGAGAAUCACCAAGAAGACAAGUGGGAAACGCUAAUAGCUGAGCAUAAAUCGGAUGUUUUAGACUGGGUGAAGUGCGUGGACGGCGACAAGUUGCUCGUUUGCUACAUAAGGGAUGUCAAGAGCGUUUUGCAAGUUAAUUCCCUAACUGACGGCAGUCUCGUGCGAGUUUUUGAUUUGGAUAUUGGCACUAUUGUCGGAACAUCCGGGGAGAAGCGAUACUCUGAGAUAUUCUACAACUUUUCAUCGUUUUUGAACCCCGGCUCCAUUUAUCGUUAUGACUUCAAGACGCCUGACCAGGCGCCCACUCUGUUUCGCGAAAUUAAACUCAAUCUGGAGGGCUUCCGGCGGGAAGACUAUACUGUAGAACAGAUCUUUUACAGCAGCAAGGACGGCACCAAGGUGCCCAUGUUUAUUAUUCGCAAAAAACGCGAUACAAUUGAGCCGCGACCAUGUCUGCUUUAUGGCUACGGAGGCUUUAACAUCAGCAUGCUGCCAUCAUUUGGACUCUCGGGCCUAAUGUUUAUAGACACUUUUGAUGGUGUCCUUGCCUAUCCUAAUCUGCGCGGCGGAGGCGAAUAUGGCGAGAAGUGGCACAAUGGCGGUCGGCUUCUCAAUAAGCAAAACGUCUUCGAUGACUUCCAAACGGCUGCCGAGUAUUUGAUUGCACAUAAGUACACGACCAAGGAUCGUCUAGCCAUUCAAGGUGGCUCCAAUGGAGGACUACUUGUGGGCUCCUGCAUCAAUCAGCGGCCGGAUUUGUUCGGAGCAGCUGUGGCCCAAGUCGGAGUAAUGGAUAUGUUACGAUUCCACAAGUUCACCAUCGGACAUGCGUGGUGCUCGGACUAUGGCAACCCGUCCGAGAAGGAGCAUUUCGAGAAUCUGUACAAGUUCUCGCCGCUGCAUAAUGUGCAUACGCCAAGAAGUUCUGAUAAGGAAUAUCCAUCUACUCUGAUUCUCACGGCCGACCACGACGAUCGCGUCAGUCCGUUGCACUCUCUCAAGUUUAUUGCUGCUCUCCAGGAUGCUGUUCGUGACUCUGAGUUCCAAAAGAAUCCGGUACUCCUUCGGGUUUAUCAGAAGGCGGGCCAUGGCGCCGGCAAGCCCACGUCCAAGAGGAUUGAGGAAGCCACCGAUAUUUUGACAUUCUUGUCGAAGAGUCUGAACGUUGAUGCGGUCAACGUUUGAAUCGUUAUUCAAUCAAACAAAUAAAUGCAUUUCCCGAAGGUCAA